GGCCCGGGCGGGGCGGGGGGUCCGCGCUCCGCCUGAUUGGCCGCGGCGCGGGGCCCGCGGACGGUGCCGCGGGCGGAGCGGCGGUGGCCGCAGGAUGGGCGGCAGGGCCGGCUUCUUCGAGGUGGAAAUCCUUGAUUGGGAGACAAAGAAACAGCUAUGCUUCCUAGAUAAGGUGGAACCAAAUGCCACAAUUAGAGAGAUCAGAUUGAUGUUCCAUAAAUUAUAUCCUCGGUGGUAUCCAGCAAGGCAGUCAAUAAAACUUGAUCCAAAAGGAAAGUCCCUGAGGGAUGAAGAAAUCCUGCAGCACCUCCCUGUUGGCACAACUGCUACCUUAUACUUUAAAGAUUUAGGGCCACAGAUAGGAUGGACUACGGUAUUUUUGAUAGAAUAUACAGGUCCAUUGUUCAUCUAUUUUCUGUUUUAUUUCCGCAUGACUUUUGUCUAUGGACUGGAUGAGAGGUUUACAUCAAGUCCGCACCCAGUAGUUAACACUCUUAAAUGCUUUUGUCUUGCUGUUUUUAGCUUGGCAUGUAUCUGCCAUUCUUUCCACUACAUCAAAAGGUUGAUUGAAACAGUAUUUGUUCAUCGAUUCUCCCGUGGGACUAUGCCACUGAGGAAAAUUGUGAAGAACUGCUUUUAUUACUGGGGAUUUGCAGCUUGGCUUGCAUAUUACAUCAAUCAUCCUCUUUACACUCCUCCCUCUUAUGGGAAAAAACAGAUAAAUUUUGCUGUGAUCAUGUUUCUGCUGUGUGAAGCUGGAAAUUUUUCCAUUCAUGUUGCACUCAGUGACCUCCGGAGAAAUGGAUCCAAAACCCGUAAGAUCCCAUAUCCAACAAAGAAUCCUUUCACAUGGCUGUUUUUCUUUGUAUCUUGCCCUAACUAUACAUAUGAGGUGGGGACCUGGAUCAGUUUCACAAUCAUGACUCAGUGUGUUCCAGUGGGGCUGUUUACCUUGCUUUGCUUCAUUCAGAUGACAAUCUGGGCAAAGGAUAAACACUGCACCUACUUACGAGAAUUCAAGGAUUAUCCAAGUCAUAGAACGCCAAUUAUUCCCUUUUUGUUGUAAGAAAAGAAGGUUUAAUUUGAAUAUUGCACAGAACUUCAAGAAGAAAAACCUCAUAAACCUCUUGCCAAAUAAAUUAAUUAAUUUAAAGGAUUUUGGUGCAUGUUUAAUCACCACUGCUAAGGGAAAUUGUAUGCACUUGAAAGCUACACUUCCUUACAUUCAAGAAUUCUCAACUCACAAGCACCUUAAAAAAUAAAGCUUCAUUGCACAGCUGGUAGUUGAAAGCCCCUGCAGUUCACUGUAACCUGAUUGACUUAGAUUGAUGGAUCCUAUUUAGAUUGAUGGAUCCUAUUUAGAUUGAUGGAUCAGAAAUACUGAGAAGUCUGUGCUGAAAAGCAGCUCCAAAUUUAGCAGCGGCAUUCUGCAAGACAGAAGUACAUUGGAAGGAGGACAUACCAGCUAACUACUAGAGCUCAGUUCAGCCAGCACGGCCAGCUGGCCUGGAGACAGUUGCAUGAUCUGCCUUCCUUGACUUGAAGAAGAGUGUGUGCUGCCUGGAGGCAGGUGCUUUGUAACAAAUAACAUUACCAAAGAUUAUGAAUGGUUCUUGGAAUAAAGAAAUAGGCAAUAUCUCAAAAACCUGA